AUGUUCGCCUCGUCUAUGGGGACGGAGGCGGCGGCGGUUUCCAGGAAGAUGGUGAACCUCAGCUCCCCUCCCCGGCGGCGCUGCAGCAGCAAGAUGGUGAAGGGAUGCACCGGCCAGCGCGUGAGGCUCUACGUCCGCGGCACCAUCCUCGGAUACAAGAGAUCCAGGCAGAUCCAAGUGAACACCAGGGAGGACGUGGCCUGGUACGGCAGCAAGAGGAUGGCCUGCGUCUACAAGGCCAAGACCAAGCAACGACACCAACUACCACUACAUCUGGGGCAAGGUCUCCCUCUCCCACGGAAACACUGGUGUCAUCCACGCCAAGUUCACCCCCGCUGA